GCCUAGCCCCGCAGAACCAUGCCAUCGGGACGGAGACGGAGGCGCGGGCCUGUGCCCGCGGACGCCGCCGCAGCCCCGCCUCGCGGCGGCCGGGAUGCGUCCCCCGCGGCGUCGGGCGCGGCGAAGGGCCUGGAGACCCUCGAGAGCCCCCUGGCGGCGCCCCGCUGCCCGCAGCCGCGCCGCGUGGUGCCGGGCUGCGCCGUCACCGACCCGUUCGCGUGCGAGGAGGGGCGCAGCCCGCGCUCCCUCGGCACGGACCUCGUCGCCUGCCGCGAGUUCCGCGAGGUGUUCGAGGAGAGCCACGGCACCAUGGAGCCACUUGACGCCAUUGGCAAGCUGCACCAGAGGCCCUUGAGCUCUGUGAGCACGACUGCUGGCCCGACGCCAACGCCAGAGGUCUUCGACAAGUUCAUGCCCGGGGCCACGGCGCAGACCCCGUCAACCCCGGAGAAGGUGGCGCAGCCAGCGGGCGCGCGCACGGCGGAGCGCGCGACGCCUCUGGCGCAGCCCAACAAGCUCUUCGUGGGGGGCAUCCCACAGCAGAUGACCCAGGAGGAGCUCGCCCAGGUCCUCUCCCAGAUCGGGCGCGUCGAGAGGGCCUGGCUGCAAAAGCGCCGCUACAGUCAGGCGCACCAGACCGCGUCGGCCUUGACCCACCGUGGGUUUGGUUUCGCCCUGUUCGAGAGCCAGGCCAGUGUGGACAGGUGGCUCGGAGGCAAGAGCUCGCGCUUCUUGGAGCUGAAAGACUGGGAGGGCCGCAUGCUGGAGAUCAAGAAGGCCGUCGACAGCAAGGAGGUACGCGACGUCGGCAGGCGCGGCCAUUCGAGCGCGGCAAACACGGUACAGGCGGCGCCUGCGGGGGAGGCCUUCCCGCAGCAGCCCUGGGCUGCGCUGGCGCACGUGGAGCAUCCGCAGCCGCACCCCCAGUUGCUGGCGCUCGCCAGGUGGGCGGCGGGGAGCCUCGCGUGGCCCGUGAGCGCCGCGGUGCCGCCCCAGGGCGCGCCCCACGCCGAGGGCGCAGGAGAGGUGCAGGCGCACCCGCUGGCCCUCCUGGCCAGCACGAGCGUACCACUGGCGCAGCUGCGGGGCCAGCAGCCCGCCCUGGGCGUCGACGAGUCCCCAGGGAAGCAGCUGGAAGCGCUCCUCCGCGGCGCGCAGCCAGACACGUACGAGGACUGAGCCAGGGGCCGCCCGCACGCCUUGCGACGACACGGGGAGCUCGGAGG